AUGGAGAUGGUUAACUUGGUCAGGAAGCAAAUCCUUGAAUUUCGAGUUGGUCAAGGGGGUAAGAGGGUAGAAACUGGAGAACAUGAGACUGAGAACGCAGUGAACUUUGCGGGUCAACCGGUUAGGUGGAGGAGACCAGCGUUUGGAGUGCUAAAGAUCAAUUUUGAUGGGGCUUGGUGUGGGACGACUCGAAAAGGUGGCUAUGGGUGGGUACUGCGGGAUUUUGCUGGGAUGCUGCAAGCGGCUGGAGGUGUGGGAGGCUUGAUCUUCAGUACAGCGGCAAUGGCAGAAGCUGCUGCAAUACGUGCUACGGUGCAGGUGUGUAUUGAGUUGGGAUGUCAGGAUGUGGAGGUUGAACCAGAUUCUCGGAUGCUCAUUCGAAUGCUUAAUGGGGAAUAUGCGAUUGAUGGUACUUUGGAGUGCUUUAUUUAUGAUAUUGGGUUGUUGGUAUCUCAAUUAGGAACGGUGAGGUUUGUGUUUGUUAAGUAG